AGGCCCCUCCCUGCCGGAGAGGUUGGGGCCGAAUCGUUUCCUAGGUGACAGGGCCGCAGCAUCGACGCUCGACUGAGCGCGUCUGGCAAAGGCUCCCAGAGGGCCGCGCGCUGCGGGCUGCGGGCGCUGUCAUGGCGGGUUUGCUGAAGAAGACCACUGGCCUGGUGGGAUUGGCUGUGUGCGACACUCCGCACGAGAGGCUGACAAUAUUGUACACGAAGAUUCUCGAUCUUAUGAAGCUCUUCCCUAAGCAGGCAGCCUAUAGGAAGUACACAGAGCAGAUCACCAAUGAGAAGCUGGAGAUGGUCAAAGCAGAACCAGAUGUUAAAAAGUUAGAAGACAUGCUUCAGGGUGGUGAAGUAGAAGAGGUGAUUCUUCAGGCUGAAAAGGAACUAAGUCUGGCAAGAAAAAUGUUGCAAUGGAAGCCAUGGGAGCCAUUGGUGGAAGAGCCUCCUGCCAACCAGUGGAAGUGGCCAAUGUGAUCACAGAGUCUGAUGAUUGAUGGGAAUUAAAUGUGCAAUUAAAUGUUCUGUUAUGCUAAAA